UGAGAAAGGACGAUUAUUGUAAACAUGAUGGACGAGGGGGGCGAUGGCGUUGUCGAAUCUUCUAAAAGAAGAGCUGCUACUAAUGCAACUCUUAAUCUUAGUAAGAAAAGCUCCUCCAAGAUGAAGCAGGUGACAUGGCUACUGCGGAAAAGGCAAGAUCUAAAAGAGCUAACCAAUGUUGAGCUUAAAUUUUUGGCUGACAAUCCCAAAUUAGUUGAUCAAUUCAACAAGAGGAGAGAAAAGCGGGAAGAGUAUCAAUCCCGGCACAUUGAGAAAGAAGAUUCUCCUGAGACUCUCCGGCGAAAGUGCGCAGAGUUGGCUCAGGCCAUACACGAUGCCGAGUUCCUGAUCGUUUAUACCGGUGCCGGCAUCUCCACCGCGGCCAACAUCCCCGACUACCGCGGACCCAACGGCAUUUGGACGAGACUGCAAAAGGGAGAGGAUAUUGGGAGCCACGACCUGACAGAAGCAGAGCCAACAUUGACUCACAUGGCGCUGUCAGCUCUACAGAAGGCAGGGCGUCUCCAGCACAUAGUGUCUCAGAACUGUGACGGCCUGCACCUCAGAUCUGGCCUCUCUAAAACUUCUCUCUCUGAAGUGCAUGGCAACAUGUACAUUGAGGUUUGCCGAGGUUGUGUGCCUGCUCGUGAGUACGUCCGAACUUUCGACGUCACAGAACGAACGUCCACCUAUAAACACGCCACUGGACGCCAUUGUUAUAGAUGUGGUGAACCUCUGGUCGACAGCAUUGUUCACUUCGGGGAGCGCGGCAAACUACGCUGGCCACUCAACUGGCAAGGAGCUUGUCAAGCUGCCAACGCUGCUGACACUAUAUUAUGUCUUGGCUCUUCCCUUAAGGUAUUGAAAAAGUACACGUGGCUCUGGCAAAUGGAUAGACCGGCGAGACGUCGACCACGUCUCUACAUUGUAAACUUGCAGUGGACACCUAAGGAUAAAGAAGCCACCAUGAAAAUAAACGGCAAGUGUGAUACUGUUAUGAAGCUGGUGAUGGAUUUUCUUGGGGUCGAAAUCCCUCGAUAUGAUCGUUCAGAAGAUCUAAUAUUCGAGAUGGCUACUCCUCUGCAUCCCGAGGAGCUGCACACCACCACUCGUCCCAGCCUCAUACCGCCUGACGACAACAAAGUGGCCGGCAAAAGCGAAAAAUCGCAUUCAUGUGAUGAGCAGUUUUCUGAUGACAAAAUGUUUUCCAGUGACAUAGAAACCGAUCCUGAUUCAUCGCAAUCUGUUAAUAGAUCUCUAGGCGACUUUCUCACAUCAACAGAACUGGACGACAAACUCAAGACCUGCGAUGGAAAUGCUAAGUUAUCCUCACCGCCAUUGCAAUCUAAUUCUGGUGUAAGUGACGCUCUCAAUGAUGGUUGCCACCUAUCUGAUGGCAAUAUGAAUACUGCAAUUGAAAAUUUUGACUCUUUAAAAUCGAAAAUAAACUUAGGGUGUGAUUCUAGUCAGCAUUUUUGCCAUAAUCGUAAGCAAUUUAGCGAUAACGUCAACUUUAAGUGCUCAAAAAGUGAUUCUCAAUAUGUUAAUGAUAAUAUAGCUAAGACUCGAGAUUUCAUUGACAGUGACUGUGUUGUUAACUCCCAUUCUGUAUCGUCUUUGAGUUUGUCUUCUUCCAAUAAGUUAACAAUCUCAGAUAUUGGUCGUUCCGUCACAACUGUUACUUCCACUACCUGUGAGCCAAAGUGUCCGGAGAAAAGCUCCGUCAGUUUGGUUUCGCCCGCAACACAUUCAACAGCUGUUGGCGACGAUAACGAAUCAGCUCCUCCGAUGCUUCCGAAUGAUUCUCUUAGUACAUCUAUUGCGUCAGACCGCAACAACUGUAAGCACUGUACCACAGGCUCUUGCAUUCACUGUGAGGUACUGAGACUUUUCUCUGGCAUGGCUGGCAAUGAGAUGCCUUUUGAAAAGUGCUGCAAGUGUGAAGUUGUCAUGAAGAAGAUGGUUUCUUGUGGAGCUGCUGCCAAACUCAUGCGAUGCGAUAGAUGUAAUCUUUUCUUACGAUUUUUUCUCAAAGGCACUUGCCGUUCGAAUGAGGACAUAAAAUCGGAAGUCAAUGCUGGCUGCACAGUUGGCCAGCUUUUUUGCAGCUGCUUCGAAAAAGGCGAAUUGGUUCCUGGUGACAUGAAAGUGGCUGUGAACCCUAUAUGUGACGAUCGUAUAAGUGCGACUGCAGCUGCAGCUGCUACUGUCACGUCCUUCAUUGCCACUGUUUCAAAGUCAAAUGAUUCCGUGAGUCCCGUCGCAGCUGCUGUGAAGAAAGACUGUGCUCCAGAUUCUCCCGGUAAUGAUAGUGUCAUUUUACUUGAAGGAAAUGAUUUUACUAUAAAUAAAAUCGAGGAUUACAACCUCACUGAAUCGAUCAGCGAAAUAGUUGUUGCCGGUUUUACUAAAAUCAAGAAAGAGCUGAAAGAAGAAGACGAUGCUGUUAAAAGUGAAUUGACUGAAUCGUUCAAAACGGAGGGCAUCAAAGAUGAGAAAUCAGAAUGGAAAUGUGCCGAUACCUGCGUUGAAAUAAAGUCCUGCAAACUGGAAGACGACAAACGCGACGAACGUUUACUCUCCAUAACUCAACCACCUUCCGAUAAUUUUAUCAAGACCGCUUCUAUCAGUAAUAUUUCUACUUCUAAGAAAGCUUCGUCUCCUGACGAGUCGUCCUCUGAAAACGAACGAGAAGUAAUUAUUUUGGACGAUGAGGACGAUUUCAAAGUAAACACUUCUCUGCCUACAAACAACUUUUACGGGACGGGCCUCUGCAUCCGAAGUUCUAUUGACAGUGGCCAAGACUCGACUUCCCAAGACGAAUGUGACGAAGAUCUGAGUGAAAUAGAGUCGGUCGAUAUGGACGCGAAUGGCGACGACGAAGAAAUUCUUGAAACCGAGAAAGAUGAAGCGGAUGACAAACAAUUUGACAAGGAAUUCGUAACAAUGAGCAGAACUCCCAAUAAAGGUUCCUGUUUGAUCAAUAAGGUUUCGUAUGACGAGGCGCAAGUAUUGAAGCCUAACUCUGAAGACAUGAGCCUCCAGUACGUCAGCAAGAAAAGAAGUGAAACUGAUUCUGACGCGUUAUCUUCCAGUAAACGACUCAAAUUGGAUGAUAUUAUGGAGUUUACGUCUGGUGAUAGUCUUGAAGGAGUAGCAGAUGAUCGUCAAGAGACAGUAGAAACUAGCAUUGUUGGUAAGGAGAACGAACGGUGCUGGAAGAACAAUAGAUUAUUGCGAAUGACGAGUGAACCAAAACCCAAAGACGAGUCUCUGCUAGGGAAAAAUUUGAAAAAUGGUCUGUCAGGUACUAAGUAUAAAAAUGAAAAGAACUGUUCGUUUAAAGACACUCAAAGAAGAGACAUCAUAAUUGAGAGCGAUGUUCCCGAAAGAACCACGAUUUCUAGUCCUAUUCCUAACGGGAUCAACCACAAAACGGCCAAAUCUCUUUUGGAUGCUGAAGCGAAGGAGCUCAAGUCCAUUUGGUUCAAUAGCUUCUGCGGAAGACGCGAUGUUCAGGAAAGGGACGACAGUUUUUCUACCGUCAGCGAAAAAACUAUUAUUCCUUCACGACUGGCUUCCGUUUUGAUGGGUAAAGUUCAAGAUUUGGUUGAAAAUAAGCAGCUAUUGAAAUCUAGGGAAACGAAACCUGAAGAUGAUGUUAAAAAAUUAUGGUUUUGGGGCUUUGAUGGAGACAUGAUUCAACACGAAAAUGGAAAGCAGCUCCUCACUGAAAAAUUGGGCGCGGAUGAACUUUCAAGCACUGUAGGUAUUACAGCCGAAUCUUUGGUAGAAUCGUCGAGUGAUUCAGAAGCGGCGGCGAACGGCUCACCUCCUCGACGCGUAACGCGGAGCAAAACUCGGUCAGCUCGUGGAGACACGAGUAGCUGCAAACAGUCCGGCGAUGAUUCUGAUGAACCUGAAUGCUGCCAGUUCUGUGAAGGAGGAAUGAACCCUGAUUUGUGUAGACGGUCUCGAAGUUCCCUCGACUCGAGACUGCCCCCUGACGACGUAAUGAUUCGCGCCCGAGCUGUCAUCGCCAGAAGACGGAAUACCAAUUAUAAGAAAUAUGAACCAAUUUUUAAUGUUAAAAUUAAGACGGUUUCUCUAGGUAAUGAUAAGAAGUCGAAACGAAAACCCAAGGUUGUCUCUCGGUCAAACAACGAGAAGGUGCCAGCGUUAGAACUCUCCGAUGAUGAGGACUUGUGCGAUAGAUCUCCGAGUGAAUCUAAAGAGACGGCCACUCAUGAUGCGAUCUUGGAAGAUGAACGUGAGAAGGUGCUCAAGAAGGUAAAUCCUGGCUGGUAUGGCAAAGGUUAUCGUAAAAUGAUACGCAAGCGCGUGCCAAAAAGCUACCCAUUAAAAUGAAGAACGUUUGCUCUAGUUUUAUUGCGUAUCAAUCUUAAUGUCACUUUCUUUGCUGUGGUUGAUUCGAACUAAUUUAAGUUUUCUUUAUCACGCCAAAGUACAAAUUGUGUUUAUUGUGUUAAGUUCUUGCAUUUAUUGUUUAUGGUGGAGUGUCCGAUAAAUUGUCCGUUUCUCUCGGACCCUAGGUUCGAUCGUCGCCUUAACUGUAGCCUUGUGUGAUAGACGUCUCUCGUUAGUAUCUGAUAUACGUGCCUCGUUUGUCUUCGAUUACGCUAUUCACGAAAGUAUGGACGCUCGGGGCAUUUUGGCGCUCCCAACCAUAUAACGAUCUGCGGCAGAUUAUUCCUCUUACUCACCCUUCUUUAUUUAUAUCAGUUACUUAGACUUGUAAUUGACUAUGGAUUGGGGAUUGAACCUUGACAUUUUUCUUUUCAUUUUUUGGUAAGUUUUGCUUGUUUAUCUAAUGCCCAAAGUCCUUUCCGGACGAAAAAGUAUUAAUUCCAUGAUAUUGUACGAACUAUCGUGUCCUAAACAAUUACAGGAUUGCGCCUCUCAGGCUUAUUCAAGCAACUCACCUCAUUAACACAUGCUAGCGUAGGCCCAUCUUCUUAGUUCGUUCAUUCACUCAAUCGUAUAAGCGAGCUAAGGAACAACUCAACUGACCAUUCCAUCUCAGAUUAUUCUCAUCAAGUCUAAAUCUGUCUUAUUACACUGCUAUUAUCAUUGUGAUUAAUAUAAAUAAAUGUUGGGGUUAACGAUGAACGCCUGUACUGUUUUAAUUCUAGUUAAAUGUUGAACACAUUAUUGAUCUCAGUAAUCAAUCGUGAUUGGAAGUGUACCGGCGUUUUAUCCUGUUCUCCUUUUGUGUGCGCUCGAAUACCACUGUUUAUUUAUGUUUAUUUUUCUUAGAUUGAAUGCAAGAUAAAAUGGCGUAUUAUGAGUCUCAUUAUAUGCUAGAAUAAUUGGAAAAAUUAAGUUUUAGUUCAUCAUUUGAUAAUGAGUGUAAUUAUCAGUUUCUCAUUGUGAGAAUUUGUUAUUCUUUUGAGUCAUAAUUUUAAGUAUUUAUUUUUGCUUUCAUUCGUGCAUUCAUCUUCCUUCGACGAUGUGAAUGCAUAGCAGAUCUUUCACUCCUGAGCUUAUCCAGAGGUUGAUCUAACUUCGACACCCAAAUGAAUUAGCUCAUUUCAAGUCUUGCGGUUGAUUUAUUUUUCUCAUCACUGCUCAUGAAAAACGUUUGACAGCAUCUAUGUGUUUCGACAGUAUCAUGUUCUGGCAUUAUUCACUUUAUAGUCUAGGUUUAGUUCAUUUAUUCGUAGGAGUUACAUAGUGCAUCAUUCUGUUUAACGCAUUAGGGAACCGUUUCAUCGUGAGACUGAGCAAAUCAGUUCUGUUUGAUGCAGAAAGCUCCUGCAAGUCUCAAAUAAGUCGUUCUCUUUAAUUGCAAUAUGUCAUCACUGCCGUGAUGUAACAUGCCAUGAUCUCUUUCCUAGCUACCGCCGCUGACAAACUUGACGGCCCAACUAUCUAUUUUAUUUAUUAUUGGCCGCUGACGAACAACUGGCCAACUCGUGUUCACGGUGCUGAUAUUGAUUUGGCCGGUUUUGCGAGCAUUCGCCAAAACUUAGCAUUUAAAACGUAAGUUAUAAAAUCCAAUCCUGCUGCUAUGCGUAUGAAAUUAAUUUUUAUAUCACCAUGAAAAUAUAGUGUGUAUAUUUUGUCUCGUAUAGUCAUACAAUUUUACAACUACAA